AUGCCCGCAGUCGCAGGCGCAUCGCCUCCCGAUGCUUCUCCUAAGAAACCCACCUCGACACCGGAUCGAAAGUACAAAUGCUCCUAUUGCAAUCGUGCCUUCUCUCGCUCAGAACAUCGUUCCCGACAUGAGCGAUCCCACACGAAAGAGCGCCCCUUCAAAUGCGCCAAAUGUCGAAGUACUUUCGUCCGGCGAGACCUGCUCCUCCGUCACGAUCGAACCGUCCAUGCCAAAGAUGGAGGCAUUCCUCUCUCCAGCGAAGUCAAGAGGCGGACUACAACCAAGGCGGCACCGAAGACAACGCCGACGAAGCCGGCUAUGGGGCUGGACACGGCAGCGCUGGAACAGAUAGAGGCUAGCAGUGAUGGUAUGGUUGACCUUGAGACUGCCGCAAUGUUGAUGACCGACCUUCACCACAAAGCUACGGCCCAGAUGGCCUCGCAAGAGGAACACCUCGACGAUCAUACCACGCCCUAUUCGCCCGAUCAUACCGUCAUGUUUGAUGCUGGCCACAAUCCGUUCAUGACGACUGCUGUGCCAAUGCCCCAGAUGCCAUGGGAGAAUUUCAUGCCAAACUCGGUAAAUCAACCUAAAGCCUCUUCCAUCUCUUCCGCGAGUCUUUCUGGCUCGCAAGAUACUCAAUUGUCACAGCUUUCCUUUAAUAGCGCCAGUACCUUACAACCGCACGCAAAUCACGCCCAAUUGCCUCCAAUGAUGGAGCGCUUUCCCUCCAACAACGACGCCCUUGCCCCCUCACUUCAGAAUCUCAACGGUAACAUACCCAUCUCGGGGCCCGGUACGCCAAACGGUCUCUCGCCAUUUCCUUUCAUGACCGGCCCAGUCUCUCCGGUAGACUAUCGACGCUCGCCAGGACCAAGUCAACCCAUCACCACGCCAAGGAUACCACAAAUCCAAUCGGAGGAAGAUCAUCGCGCAAUGCAAGAGAAUAUGAGAAAUUAUGACACGGAGGAGCAGACCUAUCCAACAUUUCAACAGCAAAGCCGGGCAGACCUCAAUUCCUACCUCGAAUCAUAUUUCAAACUCUUUCAUCACCAUCUUCCAUUCCUACAUCCAGAUUCCUUCAACGCUCGUCGAAUCUCGCCUCCUCUCUUGCUCUCGGUCCUGUCUAUUGGUUCACUAUACUCUUUUAAUCCAGAAAAGGCAUUCAUGUUCCAUGUGGGAUCAAAAGUGUUGAACAAUCAAUACGUACAAAACAGCGAGGAUUUUAGCUCAAGGAACUGCCCAUUAUGGGUGAUGCAAAGUACUCUCCUCAACAUGAUCUUUGCCAGCUGGAGUGGGGAUGCGAAAGGGCUGGAAUGGACUUGCUCAAUUAAAAGUCUCGUGGCAGGAGUAAGUGUUCUGAAUUUCAUGAGGUUCAUGAAGCUAACCUUGACACAGAUGGUAUCUGGCAAUCGGUACGAACUGAAUCUACGGACUGAAGCGCGGGAAGGAAGACCACCUUCACACAGCGAAUGGGUUGAAGAUGAAGGCUGUCGGAGAACGUAUUACGCUGUCUACAUUUUCUUCGGCAUGCUGACAUUGACCUAUAAUCACACACCUGCCAUCAACUUUAAUGAAUUUGAAUCGCUCAUAUUACCUGCGACUGAGUCACUUUGGAAUCUAGACGUAGUUGAUGAAGAGGUCUGGCAAGAGAGUCUGGCUCAGACGACUAACGUUACGGUCCGCGCGGCGUAUGACAGCCUCUUCCAAGGGGAAAAAGUCAAAUACAGCGCUUUCGCGACCCGGGUCAUGAUCAAUGCUUUGUCUUUGGAAGUUUGGUCUCAGAAAGGCAAUUUCGAUGCCCUGCAAGACGUUGUCACGGAAUACAAGCUUCGUCUGGGGUUAGAAACAUGGGAAGGAUCACUCGAGUUGUGCGAGCCAGAGACCAUGAUUGUACAACUCAAUGCGCCUGACAAGGGUCAUCCGCUCAUCUUCAAUUCUAUGGCUGUGUACAGGAAUACCCGUGCUCGGUUGGAAGUUGACCUCAAGGCCGUUCAGGAAGCGAUCAGAUACCAUAACGCGUAUGAGGUUAAUGGCGCAAUGACGGCUGCAAGGGACAAAGUAAAACGGUCGCAAGAGAUGAUCAAAGUCAUUGAGGAGUGUUUCAACUCCAUCGAGAUCGUCGCACAGCAAGGCAUUCGGUGGGUGGGAAGGACCUGCGCCACGAAUUGGAGUAUCGAGCAUCCACUUUGCAACUUCGAUCUCAUCCUCAUCCUCAGUCUCUGGCUGUAUCGACUUGAACACGACGAAGAGCAUGCGUCGGAGCAAGAAAUAUCCAUGUAUAACAAGGUCCGCACUCUGUUCGAAGAUGAAGGCUACGAUGUGGAAGGCAGACUCGGCUCUGUCGUUGCCAAAUUAUGGGGUGAAAUGCUGGAUGAAGUCGUGGUCUGGGGGAUUACAAAGCUCAUGGGCGAGGCCUUCAAGCUUCAUGCGCAAACGCUGUCUGGCUACGAUGACGCUGUAGCCUCCGGCUCCGAUGGCACGACCCCUACGAUGUCUUCGCAAGAGGUCGACUUGGACAUGGCUAGCUCAUUUCAGCCAGUCCAAGCGUAG